GUCUGCCGACGCGGCAACAAACAUUAUAUAAUCCAUCCAGGAUAACAGCGAGAUUGAGUUGGAUUUACUGUACCACUUCACCAUGCCUCGCAACACACCACGAGGACAAGCUAUUCAGGCUGUAUAUGAUGCUUAUGUCUCAAGUCUUAUCACCCAAACUCAUAGUCUAUGAUCAACAACGAGCUUUAUGACUCAUCCAAUGGAUCUAAUUCUGAUCACUCAUCAUCUGACCUCGAGAUCACAAAUGCCACUGGUCAGGUAUUCCUGCAGCUAGCCAGUGACUUAUACUCCAAAAGAUAUCUGACAGAUCGGGUCCAUAUCAAUAAAAGUGGUCAAGAUCUUACUCUCCUCCUCACUGAUUGGAAAAUCAAUCGCCCCGAAAUCUUCCGCUCAUAUAUCCGAAUGUCUCCCGAGUCUUUCAAUGCACUCCUAGCUUCCUGUGCCCCGAUUGAGUGCGGAUGGGCGCCAUAGUAACCUUGAAGCGCGUCACUGCGGCGGUAGCACUCGACUAGAACGAGCGGAUUGA